AUGUUUCUUUUCAAAAGAUAUCUUAGCCUCAUGGAACCAUAUAAUUUAACAGGAACCUUCGAAUUUCUUCUGCUUGGACUCUCAGAGGACCCUGAACUACAACCCAUCUUAUUUGUAUUGUUCCUGCUCAUAUACCUGCUCACUGUACUUGGUAAUGUGCUCAUAAUCUUGGCCAUCAGCUCUGAUUCCCAGCUCCACAGCCCUAUGUACUUCUUCCUCUACAACCUUUCAUUGUCUGACAUGGGCUUCAGCAGCACGACAAUCCCAAAAAUGUUGAUAAACAUGCAGACCCAUGACAAAUCCAUAACUUUUGCAGCCUGCCUAACUCAGGUGUCUUUCUUCUUUCUUUUUGGGGGUAUGGAUAGCCUACUACUGGCUGUGAUGGCCUAUGACCGAUGGGUAGCAAUUUGUCAUCCUCUGCACUACCAAGUCAUUCUGAGCCCUCACCUGUGUAAAUGUUUGGUUAUAGUGUCAUUUUUCAUUAGCCUUGUGAGUUCACAGGUACACUGCUUAAUGGUGUCACAAUUAACAUUUUGUACUAAUAUGGAAAUCUCUCAUUUCUUUUGUGAUGUUCCAGAGCUUGUAAAACUUGCUUGUUCUGACACCACUAUCAGUGACAUAGUCAUGUUUCUUUUAAGCAUCCUUGUUGGUUUCCUCCCAGCCUCGGGAAUAUUUUACUCUUACUAUAAAAUUACGGCCUCUAUUUUUAGAGUUCCAUCAUUGUUAGGGAAAUAUAAAGCCUUCUCUACUUGUGGAUCUCACCUGACAGUUGUUUGCUUAUUUUAUGGAACAGGUAUAGGUGUGUACCUUAGUUCAACAGUUUCUAGUUCUUCCAGGGAAAGUGUUGUGGCUUCGGUAAUGUAUACUAUGGUGGUUCCCAUGAUGAACCCCUUCAUCUACAGCCUAAGGAACAGGGACAUCAAGAAAGCCCUCCAGAAAAUUUUCAGUAAAAUAUCAUAA